GAUCAGUCUGCUAAAGCCUUGAUGUUGUCUAGAGGGCAGCCUAACCAGGAAAAUGAUGCAUCAGUGCAAGCUCUAUAUAAUGGAUUCACAGGAUUUCUUUGUCAAACUUCCUAUCAAACUCAGAAUUUUCACCACCCUCAGGAUCAAAAUUCGGGAGGCCCAGCAGCGGAGGCUGCGCCACCUUCGACGGCAAGUGGAUCGGUUGGAGGAGGAGGGGCAGCGGGACAGCCGAGGCAGAGGGUGAGGGCUAGGAGAGGACAGGCUACUGAUCCUCAUAGCAUCGCAGAAAGAUUACGUAGGGAGAGAAUUGCGAAGAGAAUGAAGGGUUUGCAGGAGCUUGUACCAAAUGCUAACAAGACAGAUAAGGCUUCCAUGCUGGAUGAGAUCAUCGACUAUGUCAAAUUCCUGCAGCUCCAAGUCAAAGUUCUUAGCAUGAGUAGAUUGGGCAGUGCUACGGGUAUUCCCCAAUCAUCCCCAGUUCAUGGUACACUUUCUAAGGGGAGAAGUGGUAAUGAAAAACAAACAACGCCACUAAUAACAGCGGAUCACCAUGUGACAAAGCUACUUGAAGAGGACAUGGGCUCUGCCAUGCAAUACCUCCAAGGCAAAGGUCUCUGCCUCAUGCCCAUUUCACUAGCCACCGCCAUCUCCACAGCCACAUGUCGUUCGAGGAACCCUAUGGAUUCCAUUAAUAUUAACACCAAUAAUCAAUUAGUAAAUGGCGACGAGUCUUGUUCGACGUCCUCUCCUGGCAUGUCGGCUUUGACCGUUCAAUCAGCUACGAUUGCAAUAUCAGCAGAAAAGAAUCAAGAGAACAAGAAUAACUUGACUCCAUUUUAGGCGUGGUGCAUUUCUUGCAUGAAGCUCCUGCUAAAAAAGCAAUGCAACUAGUUCCAAGCUCUGACAGUCAUUUAUGUGGUGAUUUCUUUUAGUUAACGCUUUAAUCUGGAGAAAGUAUAAAAUGAAAAAGUGGAAAAUUGGAAAAUAUUUGGUCGGAUUUUUGUUGUUUUUAUUUUCAAUUGUAUCUGCUGCCAAAAUAAGAAUCCUUUUUAUGUUUUAUUAAAGUGCCUUUGAGCACAUAGACGUAUUUAGGUAGACUUGGCUUGGGUGAAAAUGUGUUCAAAAACAGCCCAAAAAUGUAUCUUUAUUCUUUUAAUUUGUAUGAUA